AAACCUUCGAGAAACUUGCAUCAAUGAGCUUGGUUGCGAACAUGACUGUUUAUUUAAAAACCAAAUACAACAUGGAGGGGGUACUUCUUGUUAAUGUCAUCAACAUUUGGUCCGGUACCUCUAGUUUCAUGUCGAUUGGCGGUGCUUUGAUGUCCGAUAUGUUCUUGGGUCGAUACCUUAUGCUCCUUUACGGCUCGAUCUCGUCCUUACUGGGGAUGAUGAUCUUGACCCUUACGGCAAUAGUGCCUAAAUUAAGGCCACCAACAUGUAUUGGCCAAAUCAAUUGUAUAGACCCAAACUUAUGGCAGUUGAGUACCCUUUAUGCCGGUUUAACAUUGAUGGCCAUUGGUGCGGGCGGGAUUAGACCUUGCAAUAUCGCGUUCGGGGCAGAUCAGUUCAAUACGACGACAAAGGAAGGAAGAUCGCAACUUGAGAGUUUUUUCAAUUGGUGGUACUUUUCGUUUACGUUUGCUCUUGUGAUAGCAUUAACGGCCGUUGUUUAUAUUCAGACUAACAUUAGUUGGGUCAUCGGUUUCGCUAUUCCAACUUCUUGUCUUUUGGUAUCCAUUGUGAUUUUUGUAAUCGGUCAUCACGCCUACAUAAUAAUGAAGCCCCACGGGAGUGUUUUCGUGGACUUGGUUAAAGUGAUCACGGCCGCUACUAGGAAGCAUCGUUUAGAUUGUUCGAGGUGUUCGUUUUAUGACCCGGAUUUCCAUCCGCGUACCAAACAGCUUCGGUGUUUAGAAAAGGCCGCAGUGAUUGCCAAUCAAAAUGAGUUAGAUGAGGAUGGGAAACCGAAAAAUGGUUGGAGAUUAUGUAGUAUUCAACAAGUGGAAAAUCUCAAACUAUUGCUUGGGAUGAUGCCUGUUUGCUUAGCUGGAAUUGGUUGUUUUAUGACAAUGGAUCAACAAACUACAAUUGGGAUUCUUCAAGCAAUUCAAUCUAACAACGUGCUUCGAUCGGGCUUUAAGAUUCCACCAGGAUGGAUGGGAUUGUCGCCGAUGAUUGCCCUUUCGAUAUGGAUAUCCACUUAUGAGAUACUUUGGGUACUACAAACAAAGAGACUGACAGGGAAAGCUAAACGACUUACAAUGACACAAAGGAUCAACAUUGGCCUUAUAUCCGCAAUGGCUUGUUCCAUAGUAGCAUCUUUCAUCGAGAAAAAACGUCGGACCGCAGCAUUGAAACACGGCUCAUUCAAAUCCCCUAUGAGUAUCUUAAUGUUGUUGCCACAAUUUGCUUUAUCAGGACUAGUCGAAGCAUUUGCAGCCGUGGCAAUUAUGGAGUACCUAACAACUCAAUUGCCAGAGUCCAUGAGAACCGUUGCCGGUGCUAUUUUCUUCAUCAGCUUAUCCAUGGCAAGCUACUUGAACUCGAUGCUCGUCAAUAUCGUCCACAAAACGACCAAGAAAGGUGGGAAAACAUCAUGGCUAGGCGGUCAUAAUCUUAACAACGGUAAGCUCGAAAACUUCUAUUAUCUCGCGGUAUCUAUAGAAGCACUCAAUUUCCUUUACUUCAAUCUAUAUGCGAGACGAUUCAUCGCCACUUCUUGCACCAUUAAUAAAGAAUCCAAAGAAGACCAACAUAACAAUGAAGAUCAAAUAUAA